UACUCUCUGCUGGUCAAACUGUUUCCAGUCAAAUCUUUGUCUCAGAUUGCAGUAAACCAAAGAUGACACUGCGUGCCUGUGGCUUCAUCGUGUUUCGUCGCCUCUUGAACAAUGUUCCUCCACCAGAUAACAUCGAGUACCUCCUCUUGCAGACCUCUUAUGGGGAGCACCACUGGACCCCACCUAAAGGUCAUGUGGACCCUGGUGAGGAUGACCUCACCACAGCUCUAAGAGAGACCAAGGAGGAGGCUGGUCUGGGGGCAGAGCACUUGAGGGUGAUUGACGACUUUGUGCACAAGCUGCACUACGAGGUGCGAGGCAAACCCAAGGAUGUGCUGUACUGGCUGGCUGAACUGAGAGACCCUGGGACAGUGGUGACUUUAUCUGAGGAGCACCAGGAUUACCGCUGGGCCAAGCUGGAGGAUGCCUGCACUCUGGCCCAGUACAAAGACCUGCAGGACACACUGAGAGCGGCACAGAGACACUUAGAGGCUCGGCAGGACAAACAGUGAUACGGCAGAGCGUUAGACUGUGCAGACAGGAUGAUUUUACAAAGGGAUGAACUGUCAUGUCAAGCUCUUCAUGUGAUUGUUAAUGCUGAGUCAGUUUUUAAAUACUGUUAGUCUCUGUUUAAAGUACUUUGUCUUCCUUGCAGUGCUCAAUAAGGAGGAGCAAGCUGCAUACACUGUAGAUUCACUUUUAUCAAAGGUGAGAAUGCAGAAAAUGAACCAGUGAUUCAAUCAGUGUCUUUGAAUCUUCCAAAUCAUAUAUAAGAGGAUUAAAUACAUUAAUGUCACUGAUUUGAAUGUAAAUGAACUAAAACACAAACUGAGUAAAGGCGAAACAAUCAAAGAGGCACUUCUUGUUGUAUUACGAGAGUUCUGCUAGAAGCCAGUAAGACACAGUUUGAAUAAAAUAUAUAUCAAAUAACAUG